AUGAAUAAUUUAACUCCACUUGAGACCUAUUAUAAAUCCUAUUUUGACUAAUUAAAUGGUUUAGACUUUUUAAGUACUGAUGAUGAUGAAGAAUAAUUCUAAAUAGAGUAAAAAAUUUUUAUAGUAUUUUUAGUGUUUAACCAAAAAAGAAGUAUUUUGAGACUAUCGAAGAAAAGAAACAAUACAUUGAAGAAUACACAAAAAAGAAGAAGACUGAGUUGUGUAAGAACUUCUAAUUGACUGGACAAUGCAAAUUUGGAAACGAAGUACUUUUUAAACAUAAUUUCAAGUGCUCAUUUGCCCAUGGUUAUUCAGAGUUGUAGGCUAAAACUCAUUUACAUCAGAAAUAUAAAACUAAGCCGUGCAAUAGAUAUUUUACUCAAGGGUUCUGUCCUUACGGUAUAAGAUGCCAGUAUUUGCAUGAUGAAUUAAAAGACUAAUCAAGAUUCGAGAAAUUCUUAUAAGAAUCCUACUUAAACUAAGGUAUGAAGCCUUCGAUAGCUAGAAGUAAUUUAUUGAAUUUUAUAGUAGAGUACCUGAAUAACUCUGAAAGAUUAGACGUUUAAAGAUUUUAGCAAGUUCUAUAAAAAUUCGUCAACAAAGGGUUUAAUGUGGAAUUGUAAAACAGAUCAAAAUUCUUUAUAUAAUUAGAAAAUAAAAAACAAAAUUGA